AACUACUAUUAAAGAAUUACAUGAAAGCUAUAUUUCUUCCACUUCAACAAAUAUAAGCUCAAUUACUCUUAAAAGACAUCUUCAUAAGAAUAAUAUUUAUGGAAGAAUUGGAGCUAAAAAACCUUUU